AUGGACCGUACUCCCACCCCCGACAACUUCAACACCAUUGCCGAAGUUGACGCUGCAGUUGAAGAUGUCCUGCAGCGCGGCAUAACUGUGGAUAUCGUUUCGGACCUUACAAGCUUCGAGCAGCCAUUCCUCAACCGGUCGGAUGAGUUCUGUCGACUCCUGGCCAUGAAGUACGUCUCCCGCCAGAACUCCGACGUGACGCGUGCGAAGAAGGAGCAAUACGAGCGCAACCGAGCGAGGUUGCAUAUGGAGGAUUCCUCGGCACUGCACUUCGAAGGUUUCAGGCGCGCGUUCGGGGAGAUCAACACUGGGAGUGACAAUGCGUUCGGCGAGGACCGAGUUCAGAGCUUCCUUGACUUGGGCUGCGCUCCAGGCGGAUCCUCGACGUGGAUCCUGCAGAACAACAGGAAUGCUAGAGGAAUAGGAAUCACUUUGUCCCCGGACGCUGGAGGCCUCCGGCUACAACUUGACUCCCCAUUUCUCGAGCAGCUCCAAGUCCGCUACGAAGAUCUGUGCAAGAUUGCGUCAGGAGGGGAAGCCAUUGAAGAUACCCCGGCUACAGGCUUUGACCUCGUCGUUGCGCAUGCCGCGAUCAUGUUCAGAGACGACGUCCGCUGGACUCAGUCCAUCGCCCUGACAUAUGCCCAACUUCUGAUCGCCUUCCAGCACAUUGCGCAGGACGGAUCUCUCGUCAUCAGUCUCAGGUCGCGCCCAUUAAACUGGGUCGUCGAUAUCGUUCGGGCCCUUGAUGAGGCAUUCACGUCGGUGCAUGCUGUGAACACAAUGUAUCAGGGAAGAAGACCCUUCGUCAAUGUCGUGUGCAGGGGAUUCCGCGCGGGCACGGAUGAGAGAAAUGAGUACAUCCGCCGCCUCCGUCUGUGUGUCAGGUACUUCGAGACUACCAGUGGGUCCCUCGUCUUUGACACAAGCGUGAGAUUGGAUCGACAUGCUAACGUAUGUUUGGUGGUAGCCGGGCCCGUCGACGCACCGAACGGUGGCGCGGCGAAUAUCCCUCGUCUGUGCGGCACGCGAGACGAAGAGAUUCCGGAAGCGACAUACCAGUAUGUGUUGAACCUAUUCACCGGCGUUUGGCAGAGCAAGUAUGCUGCCAUCCGCCACAAUUGUCAAAAAGUGUUUGUGAGACGUAAUGCAGAUAGAGGCAGGCACAAACGCACUCGGGCCAUGAUGCAAGCCGCUGAUAACUCAUCGCAUACAGUGAUGAGCGCAGGCUCAGACGAGAACAAUGGAAGUUACCGCACUGCUGGACAGCAGUUAGGUGCUGCCCGUGUGUUCGUAAGUGCCACCAACUGA